CCCGCCGCCGCCGAGCAAGCCCCGCGGUCAUGUAGCCAAUGAAGAUGGGCCUUGUGGUGCUCGUCCGGAACCUGCUGCUCACCCUGUGCCUCUGCCUGGUGCUGGGCUUCAUGUACUACGCUGCCUGGAAGCUGCAGCUCCUCCGAUGGGAAGACCCCAGACCCUUCUGGAAGGAGGUUGCAGCUGAUGGAGAAAGAAGAGGGGUGACAUCACGGAACAUUGUGGAAUCUGCCUCCUCUACACCCCAGAAUGGCCUCAUCUCCUUGGCUCAGCAGCCCUCUCUGGUCCUCAAGAUGCCUUCCCCGAAGCCUCUUGAAGAACAGAUUUCUCUUCCUGCCUUUGGUAGCCCAGUGGGAAAACCCUCUAAGUUGGCAGAUUCAGGGGCUCUUACCUUUGACUCCGUUGGACGGACACUAGGCUCAGGCCUUGCUGUGGACUCAGGACAAUCCAGAACCCAGAAAAAGAUGAUCGAUGCCCGGGCCGCCCAGAGCCCAGCCCAGCCCAAAUAUGAUCGAUUGGGUUUUCUCCUGAAAUUGGACUCAAAAUUGCCUGCAGAGUUAGCGACCAAGUAUGCCAACUUGUCAGAUGGGGCUUGCAAGCCUGGCUACGCAUCCGCCCUAAUGACGGCCAUCUUCCCCAAAUUCUCCAGGCCUGCCCCCAUGUUCUUGGAUGACUCCUUCCGCAAGUGGGCCCGCAUCAGAGACUUUGUGCCACCCUUUGGAAUUAAAGGACAAGAUAAUCUGAUCAAAGCCAUCCUGUCAGCCACCAAAGAGUACCGCCUGACCCCUGCCCUGGACAGCCUCAGCUGCCGUCGCUGCAUCAUCAUAGGGAACGGAGGUGUCCUGGCCAACAAGUCCUUGGGAGCCCGGAUCGAUGACUAUGACAUCGUGGUCAGGUUGAACUCAGCUCCGGUGAAAGGUUUUGAGAAGGACGUUGGGGGCAAGACCACCCUGCGUAUCACUUACCCCGAGGGAGCCAUGCAGCGGCCAGAGGAGUAUGAGAAGGACUCGCUCUUUGUCCUGGCUGGCUUCAAGUGGCAAGACUUCAAGUGGCUCAAGUAUAUUGUCUACAAGGAGAAAGUGAGUGCUUCGGAUGGUUUCUGGAAGUCAGUGGCCACUCGAGUGCCCAAGGAGCCGCCUGAGAUACGAAUCCUCAACCCCUACUUCAUCCAGGAGGCUGCCUUCAGUUUCAUUGGACUCCCCUUCAACCAUGGUCUAAUGGGCCGGGGGAACAUCCCAACUCUGGGCACCGUGGCAGUCACAAUGGCCUUGCACAGCUGUGACCAGGUGGCGGUGGCCGGCUUUGGCUACGACAUGAGCUCACCCAAUGCCCCCCUUCAUUACUACGAAUCUGUUCGCAUGGCAGCCAUCAAGGAGUCCUGGACACACAACAUCCAGCGAGAGAAGGAGUUCCUUCGGAAGCUGGUGAAGGCCCAUGUCAUCACCGACCUUACCAGUGGCAUCUGAAGGGCCCAGGAUGUAGUACUUGAAACCCCAACUUCCACAGGAUGCCAGGCCCAACCUUUGAUGGGAGAGCCACCUUCCUCCCCUGUAAUUGGACCCCUGGAUGGACGAGGAGCAUCUGGGUGGUCAAGUGCCAAGGGCCACCAGUGCCAGCCUUGACCUGCCCAGCCUCCUUCAUCUAGGCAGGGCCUCUUGGGAAAAACACUUUUCCCAGACUGGGCCUUGCUUGGAACUGAGGAACUUACCUGGGGGCUCUGUCUGGAACUGAGGAACCUCCCUGGGACUGGGGGACUCUGCAUGGCCCUGAAAGGCCCCGCCUGGGACUGAGGGGGUCUGCCUGAGACUGGGGAGCCCUGCCUGAUGCUGAGGGCCCUAGCUGGGACUAGGGGGCCCUGACUGGCUGGCUGGCAGGGUCUGGCCUUCAGGGCCCCUGGGAAAGUCUCUUUCCUCAGUGUUUGCUGUAUUUUAUUUUGUGGAUGCCGA